UUUAUCGAAACUUAUUGGCUAACCUCAAUGAUACCCGGAUGUAGGUCUAAUCAUGUCAAUGGCGAAUCUGUCUUCAGACAGAUGAAUAUUUUAACUAUAUAGCGAUUAUCUGGAAAAACAAAUUAUUCCCCACAUCACAAUGGUGUGUAAGGAAUUAGACGAACUCUGUGCCAAAUUCGGAAGCCUUAGUCCCCACCUACGAAUAGACUACAUUUAUGGAAUGUUGCGAAUGUGUCUGCCUCCGGAGUUGAGGUUUAUAGGUUCUGUUGUCGAGGAUCUGGCCAAAAAGGAUUUUAAUCACCUCAGGGAACAUGAAAAUAAAGCUAACAAUCAGACCGAAUUGAAGAAAUAUAGAAACGUCGACGAGAAAACAUUAAUAGAAGGAAUGGCAUUUAAUCUCUCGCUUUUACAUUCAGUGAACACUCCAUGUGCAAACAUUAUUUUUAGCUUAUUGGAGGAAAAUUCUAAAAGUGCAUUUCACAUUUCUAAUUCAACAGACAAGAAAACUAUUGAUAUUAUUUUAUUGGUGCUAACAAUGGCAAAGUAUCACCCAGCUUUUACUUUUCACCAAAGAACUGUUUUUACAGAGUAUUACAAGAAAGUGGAACAACAGUUGCACAACAUCUAUGCUAAGCCUAAGGUACAUAAUGAUUUCAACAUCAUGAACAUGUUUCACUUCAGCCUCUCACCCAAAGUUUUCUGCUUCUAUUUCUUUUCCUUGUGACUCAAAUGUUUCUGA